UAAACAAAUUCACGGGAAAAUUAACUAGGAAAUCCCCAACAGCGCGCAAGUGGUUACAAUCCAACACUUAACACACUUAUCAAGAAGUGUUCCGACGAGGUUGAGAGUCGAGACCUCUUCUCUCGAGAUAACAAAAACAAGACAUCUCGAUAUGCGCCACGACCGACGGUCUUGGCAAUAUCCGAAUAUUUUCUAAAAACGCAGGCAGUUUUUGUCGUCAGUGUAGUGAAGUGUGACUCUAGUACGAUGAGGAAUGUUUUGCUGUCAAGGUUUCUGUUGAAUUUUUACGUGAUUUUAAGUGUUUCCGGAUUCUUUGGAAUCACCGUUGGGUUUUCUGCGGUUCGUAACGAGUCCAUACAGUUGAUCAGGACACCGAGACAGGCGGGAAAAUGUGAAGGUUUCAAGUGUACAACUACAGGGGAAUGUUUGCCGGACGACAAGAGGUGUGAUGGAAAAGUCGACUGUAAGGACGGAAGCGACGAAUUCAACGAUUGCAAAGAGGAUGUCCAGUGCCCUGGCUACGUUUUCACCUGCGAUUACGGAGCUUGCGUCGAUGCGGACAAGAAAUGCGACGGCAAGAAGGAUUGCAGGGAUAAUUCGGACGAGGCAAACUGCGUGCUCUCCAACAACGUCGAGAAGGUGUCCUCUAACUGCAAGUCCGACCAGUUCGAAUGCAAGUCUGGCCAGUGCAUCUCUCAAGACGCCAAAUGCAACGGCAAGCCGGACUGCGAGGACAGGUCCGACGAAACGAAGGAGACCUGUCUCAACAUGCAGUGUCCCGGGUUUACCUUCAAGUGUGACUACGGCGCCUGCGUCGACGGCUUCGCCAAAUGCAACAACGUCAAGGAUUGCGUGGAUAACUCCGACGAGGAGAACUGCGACGAAACGCCCGUGGUACCCACCCCGAUCCCUACGACUAUUCCAGACAUUCCGUCAACAGGAACCGGGGGUUGCGUCCUGCCCGAACACCCAGAUUUCGGCCAGUGGAGCCUCCUGGCGAGUAACAUAGUAAAGAAUCCCUCCGAGACGGUGGCAUCCUCCACGGCUUUGCAGUUUGGUUGCAACGACGGUUACAAGCUGUCCUCGGAGUCUUCGUAUAUUAUAUGCGUUGGGAACCAGUGGAACGCUCCACCACCAACGUGUUUGAAGAAAUGCAGGGCCCUCUACACCACCAAGUUUACCACCAUCAGGUGCUUCGACACCAGGAGAAUAGAAAUCAAGUGCGACGAGGCGACAGAUGGCACCUCGGCCACUUUCCAGUGCGCCCCCUACUACGAACCCUCCGAUAGGAACCCCGUCAAAAGAUUCUGUUACGGGGGCACAUGGAAUUACCCGGAGCCCGUGUGCCAACCAGUAUGUGGAGAGAAAAAGGUUUCUGCUCAACCUCUGAUUGUAAAUGGGCAAACUGUGGAGAAAGGGGACUAUCCGUGGGUGACAGCAGUAUUCCAAAAAGUGGGUGGUUCCUACAUAAAUUCAUGCGGUGGGUCAAUGCUGACACAGAAAAUUAUUCUUACAGCUGCGCAUUGCGUCACAAACCAAAAAGCACAAAAAUUGCCAAACGAAGAAAUACUGGUAGGCGUGGGGAAAUAUUACAACAAGUAUAAGGAUCCUAGAGAUACUCAGGCCCAGUAUUCAAAGGUGGAUAAAAUAGAAAUUCCUGACAAAUACAGGGGCGACAGUCAACGCUAUGCUUUGGACAUAGCGAUAUUAGUAACGAAAGAGGUUUUGUUGUUAUCCAAGGUUGUCCAACCGGUAUGUUACCAAAAUCUCCGAAACCUCCAUCUCGACCCAACACUUCAUGGAGUGAUAACGGGAUGGGGAUACACUAUAGCAUCCGGUGAGCCAUCCGAUGAACUUAAAGAAAUCGAUGUCCCAUACAAGCCAGAUUCAGAAUGUUACAAAGAAUUACCUCCGGAUUGGUCGGAUAAAUAUUUCACAGACGACAAGAUGUGCGCUGGACAUUAUAAUAAGAGUAUAGCUGUGUGCAGGGGCGACAGUGGGGGGGGUUUGGUGUUUCAGCACGACAAGCGCUAUUUCGUGCACGGAGUUGUAAGCAUAGGCCGCAGUACGAUGGACGCUUGCGACGUACAAGUCAGUUCAUUGUACACGAAAGUCAGCAGCCACUACGAGUGGAUGGAACAAAAAAUAGCCGAAAACAGUUUUUGGUAGAAAAAUUGGUUGUCCUAUUUUAAUUACAAUUUUUACAUAUAA